GUCUUCUUGUCAAAAAGAUUGCAUUAGACCACAGCCAAAUAAACAAAGAUGAGGUCACAUACCGUGUCUUUCAUACUUCUCCUAGCAAUAACUGGAGCCCAGGCCAGAGCAUAUGGGCGAGGGAGAGGCAAUAGACCUAAUGGUAUGCCAGGCAAUGGUAUGCCAGGCGGAAACAUGAUGGGAAUGCCGGGAAAUGGUAUGCCAGGCAAUGGUAUGCCAGGCGGAAACAUGAUGGGUAUGCCAGGAAAUGGUAUGCCAGGCAAGAGUAUGCCAGGCGGAAACAUGAUGGGUAUGCCAGGAAAUGGUAUGCCAGGCAAGGGUAUGCCAGGCGGAAACAUGAUGGGUAUGCCAGGAAAUGGUAUGCCAGGCAAGGGUAUGCCAGGCGGAAACAUGAUGGGUAUGCCAGGAAAUGGUAUGCCAGGCAAGGGUAUGCCAGGCGGAAACAUGAUGGGUAUGCCAGGAAAUGGUAUGCCAGGCAAUGGUAUGCCAGGCGGAAACAUGAUGGGAAUGAUGGGUAUGCCAGGAAAUGGUAUGCCAGGCGGAAACAUAAUGGGAAUGAUGGGUAUGGCGCCUGCCCCAGCCCCGGAAAUGAUGCCUAAUACGAUGAUACAAGGUAUGCCAGGACCCAUGGCACCGGCACCUGAACCUGCUCCUGGAAGGAUGCCUAAUGGUAUGAUGCCAGCGCCUUCUUCUCCUGGUAUGAUGCCUAAUGGUAUGAUGCCAGCACCUUCAUCGCCUGGUAUGAUGCCAGGAGCUCCAAUGCCUGAACCUGCCCCUGGAAUGAUGCCUAAUGGUAUGAUGCCAGCACCUUCAUCACCUGGUAUGAUGCCUAAUGGUAUGAUGUCUAAUGUCAUGAUGCCAGCACCUUCAUCGCCUGAUAUGAUGCCAGGAGCUCCAAUGCCUGAACCUGCCCCUGGAAGGAUGCCUGGUUCUAUGAUGCUUCCCUCACCUGGAAUGAUGCCUUCCUCAUCUGGAAUGAUGCCUAAUGGUAUGAUGCCAGCACCUGAACCGGCACCUGGAAUGCCUGGUUCUAUGAUGUCUGCGCCUGCCCCUGGAAUGAUGCCCGGUUCUAUGAUGCCAGCGCCUUCAUCACCUGGUAUGAUGCCUAAUGCUAUGAUGCCAGCAUCUGCUCCAGCCCCUAGAAUGAUGUCUAAUGCAAUGAUGCCAGCACCUUCAUCACCUGGUAUGAUGCCAGGAGCCCCAAUGCCUGAACCUGUCCCUGGAAGGAUGCCUGGUUCAAUGAUGCUUCCCUCACCUGGAAUGAUGCCUUCCUCACCUGGAAUGAUGCCUAAUGGUAUGAUGCCAGCACCUGAACCGGCACCUGGAAUGCCUGGUUCUAUGAUGUCUGCGCCUGCCCCUGGAAUGAUGCCCGGUUCUAUGAUACCAGCUCCUUCUUCACUUGGUAUGAUGACAGGAGCCCCGAUGCCAGCACCUGAACCUGGAAUGCCGUCUAACGGAAUGCCAGCAGGUAUGUCAGGUGGAGGAAUGAUGCCAGCAGGAGGAAAUAUGCCUGGUGGAGGAAUGAUGCCAGGUGGAGGAAUGAUGCCAGCUGGAGGAAUGAUGCCAGGUGGAGGAAUGAUGCCAGCUGGAGGAAUGAUGCCAGGUGGAGGAAUGAUGCGAGCUGGAGGAAAGAUGUCAGCUGGAGGAAUGAUGCCAGCUGGAGGAAUGAUGCCAGCGGGAGGAAGAGGAAUGAUGCCAGCUGGAGGAAUGAUGCCAGCUGGAGGAAUGAUGCCAGCUGGAGGAAAAAUGCCAGAAGCUGAGGGAAUGAUGCCAGCAGGUAUGAUGCCAGCGGGUAUGAUGCCACCUGCUGAGGGCAUGAUGCCUGUGCCUAUGCAGUCUGGAGGUAAAAUGGGUGCUGGUAUGAAUAGCGGUAUGGGCGCCGGUAUGAAUGGCGGUAUGGGUGCUGCCAUGGGUGGUGCAAAGGGAGGUGAAGCAGCGAUGCCAUCUCCACCUCAGCCAACAGAGGCUCCACAGCCUGGAGAAAUUGAAGGUGGUGAAAUAGAAGGUGUAGCAGCUGCUGGAGCUGGUAGUGCUGGGCCUAAAAUGAUGGUUAUGGUAGGAGGAGGUUCAAAUGGUGCAGUUAUGUCAUCUGGAGGAAGUGGCGCUGGCGCUGCUGAUAUGAUGAUCAUGGGUCCUGGUAUGGGAGGAGGAAAAAUGAUGAAACCAAGCAUGGGUGGUAUGGGAGGAAUGGGUGGUAUGGGAGGAAUGGGUGGUAUGGGAGGAAUGGCGAUGUCACCUAUGGAUAUGGGUAUGAUGAUGGCAGCUGCUUCUAUGAUGAGUGGGAUGGGAGGAAUGAACGCAGGCAAUAAAGGUUCAAUGAUGGCACCUACACCCAAAAUGAUGAUGCCAACUGCAAAUAUGAUGAUGCCAGCCCCAGGAAUGAUGAUGAUGCCACAAGCAAAUAUGAUGAUGUCAGCCCCAGGAAUGAUGAUGCCACCUGCAAAAAUGAUGAUGCCAGCCCAAGAAAUGAUGAUGAUGCCACCUGCAAAAAUGAUGAUGCCAUCUGCAAAAAUGAUGAUGCCAGCCGCUGAAAUGAUGAUGCCAUCUGGUAUGGGUACAGGGAUGAUGGGAAUGGGAGGAAUGAUGCGCAAUAGAAAUAAUGCAGGUUCUAAAAUCAAAUAUUGGUAAUGAAAAAUGCAUUUAUAAAUCAAAGAAGACAAUGAAAAUUGAAUUUUGUUAUUUUUAAAUUAAAAUAAUAUGUAUAUAAUUUACAUACUGCAUUUUAAGUCAAU